ACUUUUGGUACAUAUUCAAAAUAUCAAAAUUCUCACUGUGAAAUAUAUUACUGUGAUUACAUCAUGACCUCCGUCGAGCCCAUGCUUUAUCAAGGCAAGCACGCCGUUCAGAAAAAUGAAGGCGAAUCUACCCGUCCUUGCACUUUGAGUGGAGAUGACAGUUUUUACUGCAGCGGCGAAUCAACAAAUUCGACGUCAUCUCCCACGUCAUCCAUUACGUCAUCGCGUUCAUGUGGACCUGACAGCGACGAAGGUUUUCCGAGACAGGAUGACCUGGAUUUGCGUGACAAAGCCAGCAAAAACUUGCAACAUAGCGUUGAGCUUUUUUGCCCUAUUAAGAGCAAGUCAGUUGAUCAUGAUAACGAUUUAAUGCCUAUGGAUCUCUCGUGCAAAAAGAGAACUUUCCCAAAACAAAAUUGCAAAACUGCUAGCAUGCCUAAAACGAGCCCAACCAUAAAAUCAGAACCGAUUGAUGACUAUCCAGCUUCACUUACACGCAACGCUCCACCUUCAAGUAUGCCUUCCGUUUCACCCCCUUCAUCAAACAUCACACGAGAAUUUCCACCCUCUAUGUUUCCAUCAUGGCCUUAUUUUUCCACUCCAAUAACUUCAAGCGUUGGUGGAUUUCCGUCUUUUCCGUCGUCCUAUAUUCCUGGAAAAUAUCUUCAUCCAGCGUUAUUCCUUCCACCACCAGCGACGUCUUGCCAAACCGUCCCAACCAACAGCCCUCUCGGUUUUUCUGUAGGAAAUUCCAUGCUGCCAGGACUUCACCAGCUCGCAGCUAGCCAUUUCCAACCAUCAAUGAUCAAACCAGUUGCUCAGCCACAGGGUGUACCGCAAGAGCAGAAUUCGCUCAAUCACGAUGACCAGAAGUUCGCUCAAAAUUCCCCACAGCCUCGGUUUUCCCCGACCAACCUGGUCCAAGACCCUUCUCUGUUAGCUGAGUUUGCACGGGUUUUCAGCCGACAAGUCGAACAGUUCCGCCCAAAACCAGGUUUCGAGGAAAACAACACGAAGAAUCAAAACUCAGAGCGUCGCCGCAAAAAUGCGAAACCGUUGAAGAUUUCCGCUGAUGUAUCGCCACCACAACCUCAACUUAACGACAUGCGAUCAAUUUCGUUUAAAGAUUUACCCACCAUGGUUUCUCAAACUCACGACCACAACGCCUUCUACGGAGCGCAGAAAAACCGACAGGAACUGAAGAGAAAAUCCUCUGGCGAAGAUAAUUCUGAAAGUCCAUCUGGAAAAAAGGUAUGCUUGGAUUCCAAAACUACUUGGAGGCAAAUUGACGCACCGGCGUUUCAGAUAUCUGAUGCAAUUGAAGAACAAAAUAAAACUCCGCAGCCUGUCAGUUUUAAACCAUGUCGUAUUCCAUGUACUGAAUGUGGAAGAACGUACGCGACCAUCGGUGCCCUCGCUAAACACGCCAAAACACACGAGGACCCGGAAUCUGGUAGCAAAUUCAAUUGCAAAAUAUGCAAGAAAGAGUGCAGUUCUCUUGGAGCACUUCGAAUGCACAUCCGCACCCAUACGCUUCCGUGCGAAUGCCAUAUUUGUGGUAAAGCGUUCUCACGUACCUGGCUGUUGCAGGGACACAUACGCACACAUACCGGUGAGAAACCAUACCAAUGCACUGUGUGCUCUAGGGCUUUCGCCGACCGAUCAAACCUUCGUGCUCAUAUGCAAACUCACGAAACUGUUAAACGAUACAGCUGUGUUACCUGCGAGAAAACGUUCUCUCGGAUUUCGUUGCUAAAACGUCACCAAGUACAUUGUGAAACAGCCUCACAAACUGCACAACGCAAGACAGCAUCCUAAAAGUCUAUAUCGGACAUCAACUGUACAUAUACACCGCAAACUUGGUUGAAUAUUUAUUUUGUUUGUGCCAUAUUGUUUAGAUACAUUGUAGUUCAAUCCUUGUGCGAAUAACCCAUGUUACCUCGCUGUAAGUAUUCAAGGUGCCCCCGAUUUGCUGUUCUUAAUAUUUUGCACACGUUUGCUGAUUAACGCUCCCGCGGUAUUGAAUAAAAACGCACUUUGAAAA